UAUUCUGGAUAAUCGGUUGACCAGUCAACACCGUUUGGCAUCCCAAAUUUCCUCAAAAUAAGAAGAAAAACUAAAUUUUACUUCAAAUUUCGUUAGUUCAAAAAUUUUAUUUUCAUGGACCUUUCCAAGGCUGAAAGCCAAACGCCCGCCGGGGAGCGUCGCUCGGGUAAUCCAGAUUAUCUGAGAACUCUGCUGCAGGACAUCCUGUGCUUCCUCGUCCUGCUUUCGGUGGCUCUACUCAUUGUGGCCGGCGUCCUGUUCGUGGUAGAGGAUGUCAGUCGUCUGCACCAACAGCAACAACACCAGCAGCACUACCACCCACGACACAUAUAUCGUGAUCAGAACGCCAUCGACCCGAAGGGACCGCUGGUUGAAGAGCCACCCAAGCCAGGCUGCCGUUACUUCCAGCCACAUACCUGGAUUCGAUUCUUCAACUGCCAGAAAAAGAUUCCUCAGCAGCAGGAAGAAGCCGAGAAGGAAACAGUUCAGUUUGGGCCACAAAAACAGAAGGUACAGGGGCAGAAGAGUUUAGACUUGGUUCCCACUUAUCGCCCGGCCUUGGAACGCCUAUCCCUGCGCGCUGGCGGAGACUACAUCGAGGAAGCUGCCAAGAAACCACUAGACACGGAACCCAAUCAACUUUUAGCUGAUAAUAUCUUUAGAAACUAAAGCCAAGUGUCAUUUAAAUGCUGUUUGAAUGUUCUUAUUGACGCCCCUGCAGCUCCAGACUAUCGGGUACUCCCUGAUAGAUUUGUCUUUUGAUGUACAAAAGCCACCGGGCUUGCUUCGAUCAAUUUCGAUUGGAAGAUAGACCUGGACUUACAAGUUCCCACCCUUUGAAUCCGCCCUCUUUGUCUUAGGUGGCCAUCAAGAGCUAGAAUUCUAAAAGCUCAAAACUAUCGGGUACUCCCUGAUAGAUUUUCUAUUUGAUGUACAGAAGCCAACGAGCUAACUUUAAUCAACGGCGAUUGAGAGAUAGACUCGGCCUUACAGACGAAACAGUAUUAGUUACUUUCUUGCAAUUCGGUUAAGUUGUUACAAAAAUACCCCCUUUUAAGUGGGCAUCAAGAGCUAGAAAGUCAAAUAAGAACAUUUUCAAGACGCGAACGGGUUCUUGGUAUGCCAGCAAAUAAUGGAAAAGGUUCUGGUAGAUUGUGAAAUAAAAUUUAAAUUUUGACUUCUUUUAA